AUGGCAGCCUCUCAACAAUCUCCGGUGGUCGACACAAAAAAGCUUGAAGAUGUUCGCAAGCGAUAUACCGAAGAAGCCAACAAGCGCCUCAAGCCCGAAGGUUCAUCGCAGUUCAUCCAGUUAACACAAACAGAUGAAGCAAGAUUGCGAGCACUCGCCGAAGAUCCAUGGGUCGACCACACUGCCCUAAACGCCAAAACAUCGCCCAUCGAACACAACGGCACUUAUCGAUUCUUCGUCCUCGGAGCAGGGCUUGGUGGCCUCCAGUAUGCCGUUCGUUUAAUCGACGAUGGAAUUGCCACGACCGACGAGAUCCGUCUUAUCGACGCCGCUGGAGGAUUCGGCGGGACUUGGUACUGGAAUCGAUUCCCUGGUCUGCAUUGCGAUGUGGAGAGCUAUGUUUAUCUGCCCUUGCUUGAGCAGACGGGGUAUAUACCAACCCACAAGUAUGCGCCUGGAAGAGAAAUCCGCGAGCAUGCGGAGCGCAUUGCGCAAAAGUGGAAUCUGGCGGAUAAGACGCUCUUUCGCACGGAUAUUGACAGUGUGGAAUGGGAUGACCGGUCCCAGCUCUGGAUUGUCAAUAGUGUAGAGCGUCGUGGGCCUGCAGAUCCGAUUAAACGGACGUUUCGGGCGCAGUAUGUUUAUCUUGCUGCUGGAGUUCUCACUCGACCGCAGGUUCCAAGUAUUCCCGGUUUGCUGUCCUUCUCAGGCUCCAUAUUCCAUACUGCGCGGUGGAACUACGCUGUUUCUGGGGGCUCGCAGUCAAAUCAAGAACUCACUGGCUUGAAGGGCAAGAAGGUCGCCGUGGUUGGAACAGCUGCGACUGCCAUCUCAGUGAUUCCAGAGGUUGCGAAGUUUGCAAAAGAACUGUAUGUCAUCCAGCGGACACCGGCAUACGUGAAACCGCGUGGCCAGCGACCGACAGACCUCGACCACUUCAACAGUAAGAUCGGAGGCGAGAAGGGCUGGCAAUACAAGCGACAGCUGAAUCUGAACACUUUCAUCACGAACUCGGCACCACCAGACCUUGAAAACCUGGUCAAUGAUGGCUGGACUGACAUGCCAGCAUACUCGGCUAUAGUUGGUUCUCCCAACAACAGGCCCCUGGAUCCAACGCCUGAGAACCUCGAAAAGCACUCGGACACAUUUCACGCCCUGGAUCUACCGCACAUGGAAGCAAUUCGGGGUCGAAUCGACGAUAUUGUCAAAGAUCCCGCCACAGCCGCCAAGUUGAAGCCCUGGUAUCCCUCCUGGUGCAAGCGUCCAACAUUCAGCGAUAUUUACCUGCACACCUUCAACCGGCCCAAUGUGCACCUAGUCGACACAGACGGAAAGGGCCCGUCCAAGAUCACACCGACUGGCAUCGUCGUAGGUGAGACGGAGUACCCAGUGGACAUCAUCAUCUUCGGCACCGGAUACCGAGUCCCAACAGCAGGAAGCGGGAGUCCAGCCGCACGAACUGGUGUCAAUGUAACCGGUCGCAAUGGCCAGUCCCUAGAUGAGAAAUGGCAGGCUAAUGGGGCAGCUACACUGCAUGGUUAUGCGACAAAUGGAUUCCCGAAUCUGUUUUUCUCUGGGACUAGCCAGGCUACUAUAACCGGGAACAAUAUCUUCAUGCUUGGUUUGAUAGCGAGGCAUAUCGCGUAUAUGAUCGAGCGAGCGGAGAGGCGUGUUGGUCCGGGCAAUAGGGCUAUCAUUGAGGUGGACCGUGAAGCUGAAGAGGCUCAUACAAGGGAGAUUUUGCAGCGGGCUCCGUUCUUUUCGGUCCUGGCUGGCUGUACCCCGGGAUACUUUAAUAGCCAUGGAGACAGCGUCAAUAUCACGGAUCCGAAGGAGAAGGAGAAGCGGGCAAAGGCUGUUACUUGGUCAGAGGGGGCAGCGUCUUUUCUGAGGUAUAUCGAGGGCUGGCGGGAGGAGGGAUCUUUAAAGGGGCUCUCUAUUGAGCCAGCUAGACAGGUUCAAGCCCGGCUGUGA